AUGGGUGUACAGAACCUCUGGGUGUUGCUGGCACCAGUAGGGCGACAGAUUGAAAUCGAGUCUCUUGCAGGCCAGGUUCUGGCUGUAGAUGCUAGUAUUUGGCUCACCCAGUUUGUAAAGGCAAUGCGGGAUGACGACGGUAACAUGAUUCGCAAUGCUCACCUUAUGGGUACAUUGCAUCGCGUAGCAAAGCUGCUCUACUAUGGGAUCCGCCCUGUCUUCGUAUUCGACGGUCAGACACCAGAAAUCAAGAAAAGAACGACUGCUAGACGCAAAAAGAGACAGGAGCAACAGAGCGCCAACUUACGCCACACUGCACAGCGCAUUUUACUCAACAGACUCAAACAAGUUAGACAGGCAGUGAAUCAAAACGGAGGAGCACCAGCUUCUGCAGUUGCAUCCGGUUUCACACUGCCAGAACCCUCGACCUCAGUAAAAGAGGAGGAGAAAAUUAAAAUGGAGGUUGAAAGCGAAGUUGGCCAACUAGAAGAAGAAUCCAUUGACGAAACUGAAGCAAAGAAAACGAAGGAGACAAGGAUAAAGACGAUCAGAGAUACAGUAGAGGAGGAAGAGGAACAGCUUACAGUGGAUGACAUCGCUCUGGAUUCAUCGAAGCUGUCGAAGAUCGAUUUUCACGCGGUGUUUUCGCUGCCACCUCACUUACAGAAAGACAUGAUUCAUAAGAUCCAGCGUGAUCGUCGACAGGAUGUGAGAAACCAAUUUAUUCCGCUGGCUGGUAACCCUGAAAAGUACUCGCACACCCAAAUUACAGCAUUUCUACAAACAAGCGCAUUAAAUCGACAAAUUGAAGCAGCUAAAAAACAAAAGCGUGAAGAGGAGUUGAACCAUCAGGGUGGAGUUGGCCUUGGGCAUCGCAUCAACUCGAAUGGUAAUCGAUUUUACAUCUACGAAAAAGACACAGAGCAAAAUGAGAAAGAGGAAAAAAAAUGCAAUGACGUGAUGGUGGAGGCAGAACGUUCCACUUCUUUUGAGGAUGCUCAUUCUAACAAAAAGCGAGGCGGUGUCUUUGACUUAGUAGACAAGCGACCGUUGUCUAAGCUUCCUACACGGGAAGCUGGGUUUUCUUCAGCGACAGAUGCCACUGCGGCAUGGCUCACACGGCAUCAUAUUCGUGCCAAACAGGAACCCACACUUGCUAUUGAAAAGUUGAGGCAAGCGCGACUCAAAGACGUUAAUAUUUCAACCAAGUUUGGAUUUCUUACUGAUUUGAAAGAAAUGGCACAAUUGCAGAAGUUUGCAACUUCUGAGCCUGAAGAUUCUCCUAUCGUUAUUGAUGAUGACAAGUUUGAUAAUUCUAAUUGGGAAAAGGUGGCGGCACCACUUACAGAGCCCCACUUAUUGAGUUCCUUAAAUGUCGAGCAAAAGAUGCCUGAGCAGAUGUUUGAUACUAUGGCAACGACGAACGAUAAUUGUACAAAGGGCUUACUAAAUGCUAAUGAAGAAAAUUCGAAUAGUGAUGAAGAGAUUGAGUGGGAAGAUGUACAAAAGGUGCCAGAAAAUUCUGCAAUUAAAGAUACGUCGUGUCUUAAACAAGCUUUCACCGAGGAAAAAUUAGAUUCGUCGAGCUCCUCUACGAGCGCACACGAGAAGCAAAUACAAAAGUUAGAAGAAAUAGGUAACGAUGAUUCUUUUUUUACGUUGAAAAGCGAAAUGGAAGACGCAAAGGCCCAUAAAGACCUCGAUUUACUGAAAACAGACGCUUUGCAAUCUGCCAUGGUGACUGCUUCUAAUUUGACUCAAUGGGCUGCAGGAGCGGUUCGUCGAGCACUACAAGCUCACUCUUUACAACACAUAGGACUAUCUACCAAUGCAAGUCGAGACAAUUCCGCAGCUGAUCGACAAAAUGUUCAGUUUUCUCUCACAACGGGAUCGGCAAAGUCUUCACCCAAAAAUAUGGACAAGGAUUAUCUGUCUAAAUCAAAUACUUUCGACAGUAGUAAGAGUCUUGAAGCGGAUAUGAUUGAAGACAUAAAUGCUGACUUGCGUAAUGACGAUGUAUCACUGCCUAAAGCGGAGGACAAUUAUGAACAGCUGCAAGCUGAAUUAGCAGUUUCGACUGGUGAUGAGGGAAAAACACAGGAAGCUGAAAGCUCUUGUGUUCGCUAUCUUCAGUAUUCGCAAUCAAAUCAGUCCUCUCAACUAUACGCUGCUGAGGAACCCGAAAUGGAUGCUGUAGCACUGCAAACAGAGCAUUUGGAGCUAAAGAAACUUCGGAAUCGACAGCAGCGUGACAUGGAAGGCAUCACGGAUGAUAUGGUUGCUGAAGUGAUGGCGUUGUUGCGUUUGUUUGGUGUUCCUUUUCUUGUAAGUCCGAUGGAAGCUGAAGCGCAAUGUGCAGCUCUUGAGCAACUCGGCCUUGUUGAUGGCGUGAUUACUGAUGACAGUGAUAUUUUUCCUUUUGGGGGUAAGCGAGUUUAUAAGAACAUAUUUCAUCAUCAGAAAUUUGUCGAAGCCUUUUCCGCUUUUGACAUUGAGCAAGAGCUGGGAUUCUCUCGAGAGCAAAUUAUCGCCAUAGCAAUGCUACUUGGCAGCGAUUACACGGACGGCGUCCGCGGUAUUGGCAUUGUGAAUGCUUCUGAGAUUGCAGCAGCAUACCCGGGAAUUGCAGGCCUUCGAGACUUCAAAGAAUGGGUCCAAAACUAUAAUGUUGCUGAAGAGGCCCAACGUGUCGUCUCGGGUUGCUCGAAACCGAAAAAAAAAAAAUUGACGAAGGAAAAAAAUGAGCUGGAACACGACAGCGACGAUAAUGAUGUAGAAUUAGCGCGCGUACGAUUUCAGCAAGCUCAUGCGACUGCGCGACGAAAAUGGGAAUUAGGUGACGAAUUUCCAAGUAAUCAGGUUUUACAGGCGUAUAUGGCUCCGCAAGUUGAUCGUUCUGAGGCGCGUUUUUCAUGGACUGCUCCAGAUGUGGCUGCAUUACGCUCCUUUUGUGCCAAUGCUUUUGGAUGGGAUAAGCAGAAAAGUGAUGGAGUGUUAAAGCCUCUUGAGGAAAAGGCACGAGCAGCAGCUGCCGAUGGGGGUCGCCACAUUCAAACGCGUUUAGAUCGUUUCUUCACGAGCUAUAAAGAUCAAGUACACUACGCACAAAUCAAGAGCAAGCGCUUGCGCUCUGCUGUUCAUCAGGGCACUGGCAGCAAGAAGGACAAAAGUAAAAAACAGAAAGUGAAAAAGCAUGUAAUAAGAAGUGGUUAUUGUAGCAAAAGACAGCGAAAGCAAAAGCAUUAUUAA